UGGAUCUCGAGCAUCCCUCACGAUUCGUCUCCAAGUUCGUCCAUUUCUCCAAAAUGAAGCGACUAGCUCAUUCGAUCUUCGAGAUGGCAAGGAGUACCAUAGGAAGAUUAUUAGCUUUGCUAAGUUGAAGGGCUAGCCCGACCGGCCUUUAAACCGAUACGGACGCUCGUCCGAUUUGGUGGCUCUGUCCUUCCAAAUUCCCGUUGAUUCAUCGCAGAAAAGGGUUGCACAUCCUUCCGCGUUGUCGAUCAUGGCGGCAGAGUCGCCAACCUCCGACCGCAAAGUGGUUGUUCACCUGAGAGCGACCGGCGAUGCUCCCAUCCUCAAGCAGGCGAAGUUUAAGACAGCUGGAAGUAAUAAAUUCUCUACCGUGAUUGAAUUUCUACGACGUCAACUUCAUAAAGAUACUCUGUUCGUGUACGUCAACAGUGCAUUUUCUCCAAAUCCAGAUGAAUUGAUGAUUGAUCUCUACAAUGUGGUGUGCCUAUAAAAUGAUUGAAUCGAAGCGGCCUUUUCUCUUUGAAGUUUGAAGACUUCCUCUCCGAACUUGCUGCCACGUGCCGUUUAACAACAACAACUUGUUGUUUCUUCACAAUCAGCUUGUUGUCCAGUUGUUGUUUACGCCGUAUUUCAUUCUUCAUUACUGCUUACACCUCCGCUACCCAUCCUAAAUUUACCUAACCCUUUUUUGUGUUCUCUCUUUCACUAUCUAGAAACCCUAGAAUAGUGUCAUAUUCAUUGAUAGACAAGUAGUUGUUUUCAUGACCAUUAUGAAGUGUAUCCUAUCAUACUCGAUACUCCCACGAUCGAAUGAAAAAAAUGUUACAUAUUUCAUCACAGGAUAUCACACCACAUCUAAUCAUACAACUUGACUCUAAUUAAAAAAUUUACCACAUCUAUUGUCAACAUUGAUCUCAUUUACCCUUUUCAACAAAGUCAGAGAAUAUAAUUGGGAAUGUGUUAGACCAACAUCAAUAAUGUUUUUUGCUGCGUUGAGCCCACCAUAGUUUGAAGAUUUAUUUGAGGUGCAAGGCUAAAAUAAAAAUUUAGUCAUUGUCAAUUAUUAUUCUGGGAUAUA